GUGUCUGCAGACACGGAAUUCAUCCCAGCCCCGGGGAGGGUUUGGUGUCUGCAGACACGGAGUUCAUCCCAGCCCCGGGGAGGGUUUGGUGUCUGCAGACACGGAAUUCAUCCCAGCUCUGCCUCUGCUGAUCCCGGGUGUGCCGUGUUUGCAGGGGGAAAAAGCCGCUCCCCGGUGCCUGCUUUCCUGGAACAGGGAGGAAGGUAUGCUUCGGCCACUGCAGCGAAGGGGCAGCACCAGGUUUCAAAGCAGUAAACAAAGGCAGAGUGAGGAAUUUGCCACGUUGUGACUGAAGGUAGAAGGAAAAAAAAAACCCAAAAACUGGAAGGAGAUCAUCCCAGCAGCAGAUACUCCACAUUUGUGGAACCCACAGGCUUUGGGGGAUCUUUGUUACACUUCCAGAAGAAAAAAUAACCCUGCCACACGUCCGGAAUUGUGUCACCUGAAGUCUGGUGGCAGCUGUAGUGUAGAUGGCUCAGCUUCCUCCUGGGAUCCGUUUCAUCACUUCAUUCUCACGAGAUCAGUGGUAUAGAGCUUUCAUUUUCUCUCUCACCUUCCUGCUGUAUGCCAGCUUCCAUCUCUCAAGGAAACCCAUCAGUAUAGUGAAGGGAGAGCUGCAUAAACAUUGUGCAAGUCAAGUUGAAAUUGACUCCUACAAGGAAUAUGCUGCCCAGAUCCAGCCUGUCAAAAAGCCAUUUAAUGCCUCUCAGUGUGGAUGGGAGCCAUUUGAUAAGAGCAACUACAAGCAGCUACUGGGAGCGCUGGAUUACUCAUUUUUGUGUGCAUAUGCAGUUGGGAUGUAUUUAAGCGGACUCAUCGGAGAGCGGCUGCCCAUCCGCUACUACCUCACAGGGGGGAUGCUGGCCAGUGGCCUCUUCACUGCAAUGUUUGGAUUGGGUUAUUUCUAUAAUGUGCAUAAUCUGUGGUUUUACAUCAUGGCCCAGAUUGCCAAUGGGUUGGUGCAAACCACUGGCUGGCCAAGUGUCGUGACAUGCAUUGGCAACUGGUUUGGAAAAGGAAGGAGAGGUCUGAUCAUGGGAGUCUGGAAUUCACACACUUCAGUGGGGAAUAUCUUGGGAUCCUUGAUUGCUGCUUACUGGGUGUCCACGUGCUGGGGCCUCUCCUUUGUGGUGCCUGGGGUCAUCGUGGCUGUCAUGGGGGUUGUUUGCUUCCUGUUCCUUAUUGAACAUCCUAAAGAUGUCAGUUGCUCCUGCACGCCGUCCAGUAGCUCUAAAUCCUUCCUCAACGGCGCCUCUCGCUGCAGAAUCCAGAUGCCAACCUUAAAUUCUAAGGAAAAUGGCAAACCUCAGGAUGCAGAGAUGCAGCAUUUACUCCCUGACAGUGACAACUGCAGCGUGGCCACUGGGGAAGGAAGGCAUGGGACAUCAGCCAUCAGCUUCCUUGGGGCCCUGAGGAUACCUGGAGUUGUGGAGUUCUCCCUUUGUCUCCUGUUUGCAAAGCUGGUGAGCUACACUUUCCUCUUCUGGCUUCCCCUCUACAUCACAAAUGUGGAGCAUCUUGAUGCCAAAAGAGCUGGGGACCUUUCUACACUGUUUGAUGUGGGUGGGAUCUUUGGUGGGAUCUUGGCAGGCCUGAUUUCAGACAGGCUGGAGAAGAGGGCAUCGACCUGCGGGAUGAUGUUGCUGCUUGCAGCACCCACACUAUACAUGUUCUCUGCAGUCAGUAAAAUGGGCCUUGAGGCUACUGUAGUGAUGCUGCUUAUCAGUGGUGCCCUGGUGAAUGGCCCUUAUGCCCUGAUCACCACUGCUGUCUCUGCUGACUUGGGCACCCAUAAAAGCCUGAAGGGGAACUCGAGGGCCUUGUCCACGGUGACGGCGAUCAUCGACGGGACAGGAUCUGUGGGUGCAGCUCUGGGGCCUCUCCUGGCUGGCCUUAUUUCCCCUUCUGGCUGGAACAACGUGUUUUACAUGCUCAUGGUGGCAGAUGCAUGUGCCUUGCUACUCUUACUCCGUCUUAUCCAGAAGGAACUUCAGUGUCAUGCAGAUCACACCCUGUUCAAAGAGCACUGAGCUACCAGAGCUGGGAUGAGGAGUGUGCCAGUGGAUGGAGCUGCUCCCUGGAAGCUCCAUGGGACACCUGAUUCUGUAUUUGGAGGGUCUCUGUGUGGUGAAGAGCCCUGCAGGUUUGCUGGGAGCAGUGUGAGACGUGGUAAACCCCUGAAGCUCUGAUUUUUGCACAUGAAUAAGUACCUCAGGAUGGCCACUGUUCAUCAGAGAGGAGAUGGGGACUUGGGGAGGGUUUCAGCAGCACACCUCUACUGAGCCAAAGAGAAAUACCAAGUGCCUUCUUUAUUUCUUUUGAUAGGGUGUUUUUAAUUGAAACUACGAGCUGUGUGUUUGCCAACAACCAAGGCAAAGCUGGAGCAGGAGGAAGGUGAAAUUUUAACAGUCUGUGAGUGACUGUCCCAGGGUCAGUGAGCAAUGUCUCUUAAGUCAUCUGUGUACACUGAGAGCAUCACUUUACAGAGGACAAUAUCAGCUGGUUAUUAAGAUGUGCUGCUGUUAGGGUUUGAAGCUGCUCAGGCAAUAAUCACCUGGCUGUAUUAUUGGUUUUUAGCUACAGUUCCACUUCCCAAGGACAGCAUCCAGCCUUUUGGUAGGUUAUAAGAUGGAAUUUACUCUUGCUGUGUACUGCAGUUAGCAGUUUGCACAGAUCCUCUGGAUGGAUGUUAGUCCUCCAUGAGGAUUAUGCAAAAACAAAGAGAGACCUAAGCAACAAAAAGCAGUUUAUGAGUCAGAAUUUCCAGUGGGGGCUCUAAAGAUUUUUCAGGGCAUUAUAAAAUAGUUGUGCAUUUUAACUUCCCUGCCAGGCUGGGCUGACAUGAGAGGGGUUUCUUUGGGGUGGCAGAGAGCUGUGACUGAGCAGGGGGAGCUGCUCUGGUGCCCCCUGGCACAGGGGUCCCUGUGGGGCUCCAGUGCUGCUGUGUGCACGUGGAAGUCAUCAUCACAUCUGGGCCACAAUAUCCAGAAAUCUCUCCCAAGUGGCUCUGGGUUUCAGAUUUGGAGCCAAAAUAUCAGAGGAGAAAAAUUACCUGUGUGGGUGGUAGUCUGCAAGAGAACAUUUGAGUGUACCUAGUGCUACCCAGAAAAUAGAUGGUUUAAUGUCUUCAGAACAUAUCAUUUCUUUGUACAGCUGUCUGCUUUGCAAACAGAAUGUUUCUGUGAUUUUAUUUUGCCUUUUUUUUAAAAGAUGUACAAAGUGAAAAGAAAUCUUUUUUUUUGUAUGGGGUGUUUAUACUUGGAUCACAAAGAUUAGGUAAUUUAAACUGUGUAUUAUCCUGAAGUGUAUUUAUUAAAGCUCUAGGCCUUUGUCUUGCUCUAUGCUCUUAAGUUUUGUGAGACAGUGCAAGAGUCUUUACACUUGAUUAGCAAAACACUUUAAAAGCCCUGCAAAAUAUUCAGGGAUGUCCCAUCAGCUGCUGCUAACUCUUCAUUUCCAGGGCUGUUUGUACCUGCUCAGUGUUGGAGUUGCUUCACUGGUUUGAUGCAGCACGUUUGAUCAUCCUUGACCUGAGCAGUGUCAGAAUGGGCUCAUUUUUGUCUGUUUUGCUGGGCAGAGGUGCAGGGAUGGCCCCACAGGGACUUAGGGAAGGUGCCAGGUCCUUGCAGGGAGCUCCAGGAGGGUCCUGUCCCUGCCCUGACCUGGAUGGAAGGUUGACCUGGCACAUUUUGAGUAAACCAGGGAGGAUUCUCAACAACUGAGCUCAAAAAUCUGUGCAGUGCUUGGGCUGUGGUUGAAUGUGACAGAAUUGUGCAGCAAUGUUACUUGGAAGGGCUUCCAUCCUCCUGGGAUGGGAAACUGCUCCUGGAAUGUCCCAACUGCCUGUUAAACCAGGCUCAACCUGGGGCACUGCUGAAACAGCAUCUGAUGGGGCAAAAAUAACAUUUCAGCCCCAAAACAGCUGUCCUGGCACAGCUUCAGUGCCUGUGUGGGGAGGGAGAGAUGGAUGGAGAACCACUUCAGCUGGGCAUUCCAUUCCCCUUCCCAAAAGUAUGUGUUGAGCUUUAUCCUAGUUUACUGAGACAGUUCAAGCUCUGCUGUGCUCAGAUUUUGAGAAGCUGUCCCCUGUGGGCUGAAGUCUGAUGUUAAAAAGCUUUUGGUUGUAUUCCUGAAGAUAUUUAAGUGUAUUUUACUUGUUGGGGCUGCUGCUGUUAUUUAUUUAUUUAUUUGAAUAGCUUUUGCACUGCAGUGACUCGGGUAUGGGGUAAUGACAGAUUACAUUUCAGUUCCUGCAAGCUGCAAAUCUGUUGGACAAAAAGAUUUGGUUUUCUAUUUUAAAACACCCUAAAGGUCCCCCAAAUAGUGAAUAAACCGUGUGUUUUGUUAGUAUCAGGUGUUUAUAUCUGGAAAUGAGCAAGACUGACAGAAUUUUGUAUGUAAAAUUGUGAGUGACCAGUAGGUACAGCCAAAUUUAAAUACAACUGCAGGGUUUGUUUCUUGAUUUUCUUUUAAUGCUGAUUAUUGUGAAUUUUAUCCAUUCACCAUCCUGUGUUGAAUAAAAAUAGAUUCUGUUCUAAACAGAGAA